AAAUAAGAGGGUCCCAUGUCAGGGCAGUUUGGAGCCAGUGAGCCCCGGCGGCGCUCGGAGCGAGCAUCACCGCGAGCAUCGCAGCGAGCGCGGAGCGACAGCGCGGAGCGGCCGGGCCAGCGCAGCGGGCACCGCGCAGCGCCAGGAGAGCCUUUCCCCGUGUGGAGCAUGAGCCGAGCGGGCAGCGGGACCCCCGGGAGCCCCGGGAGCCGGGCGGCAGCGCUGGUGCUGGCGCUGGCGCUGGCGGCGCUGCCCGCGGCCGUGUCCGGCUGCAGCUGCGCGCCCGCGCACCCGCAGCAGCUGCUGUGCGAUGCUGCGCUCGUGAUCCGAGCAAAAAUAUCCAGUGAAAAGGUGGUUCCUGCCAGUGAUGAUCCCCUUGAUACCCACAAAAUGAUCCGGUAUGAAAUCAAACAAAUAAAGAUGUUUAAAGGAUUUGAAAAGCUCAAGGAUGUCCAGUAUGUCUACACCCCUUUUGAUUCAUCACUCUGUGGAGUGAAACUAGAAGCCAACAACAAAAAGCAGUAUCUUCUUACAGGCCAGAUUUUAAGCGACGGCAAAGUGCUCAUCCAUUUGUGCAACUACAUCGAGCCGUGGGAUGAUCUAUCCUUGUCUCAGAAGAAGAGCCUGAACCAGAGGUACCAGAUGGGCUGUGGCUGCAAGAUCACCACGUGCUACAUGGUGCCCUGCUCCAUCACGGCCCCCAACGAGUGCCUGUGGACAGACUGGCUGAUCGAGAGGAAGCUCUACGGGCACCAGGCCAAGCACUACGCCUGCAUCAAGAGGAGUGACGGCACCUGCAGCUGGUACCGAGGGGGGCCUCCCCCCGAGAAGGAAUUCAUCGACAUCAGCGAACCUUGAAGGGCUCACUUCCUAAAAAAACAAAACAAACAAACCCUUGGAGGCUCAUUCCAUCCGACCCUGCACGCUCACAGCUUUGAACUGCCAUGGUCUCAUGUAUCUGUUGCUUAGAAACAAACACCAGUUGUCCUGUAAAGAGUCUGUGGGGUUGGCACUCGUGCAGGACGAGGGACAAACCUCCUGGAGGUACCUGCUCUGCUCUGUUAUGCUUUGCACAGAGGGCUGGCAAUGCUCCCCUGUGUCCUCCAAGGCAUAACAGGUUCCCUUUUGCCAAUAUGAAUGUACAAGAACAAAAGAAUUGCCAGAAUUUUGCCCCCUGUUUGAUAACCUGCAGAUUAAGAGCUCCCCGUGUUUUAUUCCAAAUCUUUCCAAUGAACUACGGAAUGUUUUAUAGAACUAUUUUUUUUUUUUUUUCUGUAUGAAAGUCUUGGAUACAAAAGAAUUAUUGUACAGUGUAUAUGUAAAGUAUUAUAACAAUGUGCUAUUAAAAAAAAAAGAUUCACAAAUAUUUCCUUAUCUGUUGAAACAAGUUGAACACUUCUGUGAUUAAAACAACCUGUGCUCCA